AUGGCCAACAACCGCGUUCCGAUCAACUACCAGACACCACCUUUUCCGGCGCUAUACGAUCCUGUGCCGACCCAUCAUCCUCCGCAGGUCUACUAUCUCUACUAUACACGAGACAUUUGGCGAUUCACCCUCUACUGGACUUUUAUAUUUUAUGCAGCUAGUCACCUUGCUGUUGCUGCGUGUGCUGUGGUCACGCAAGGUCGGAAUUGGAGAGUUUGUCUGGCCGUCCCGCUGGUCUUCUCUGCCAUUGCCGCGCUGGAAGCUCUUCUAGCUGGGAGUAUUAUUGGUCUCAUGCUAAUUGGUUUUGAGGCUCGGUGCUGUCUACGAAGCGGGUAA